AGCGCCUGUGGAAUAAGACGCUUAAGUGAUCCACGGAACGGACGCGUCACUUCGCGUGGACGAUCCUAACAAUACUUUUUUUUGCAUCAUAAAUUAAAGGUGUGACAGGUUUUUUUUCUCCAGCGAGGAAAAGCUUUAUUCGUGGCUGUGCGUUUUUGUUUUCUUCCCCUCUCCCUGCCAGCUGACAGGACCCGACUGAAACUACAUCUCCAGGACUUUUUCUUUUUUUGGUCAACUUAGACAAAAAGAAAAGUCACCAUGGCAGAGACGUCAGCGGCUCCAGCCAAAGCCAAAAAGGCAGCUAAACCCAAGAAGAACGCUUCUCAUCCGAAGUACUCCGAGAUGAUCCGUGCGGCCAUCCUGCAAGACCAGAGCCGGAACGGUGCGUCCCGUCAGUCCAUCCAGAAGUACGUGAGGAAGACCUACAAGGUGGGCGAGACCGCCGACUUGCAGAUCAAGAUGGCCCUGAGGAGGCUGGUGGAAGCCGGCACUCUGUGCCACACCAGAGGCACCGGCGCGUCCGGCUCCUUCAGGCUGGCCAAAUCAGAGGGCACCAAGAAGAAGCCCCCCACCACCAAGGCGGCCGUGUCCCCCAAGCCGAAGAGGGCGGCCAAGCCGGUGCCCAAGCCCAAGAAGGUGGCCAAGCCCAAGAAGGUGGUCAAGACGCAGGAGAAGCCUAAGAAGGCGUCCCCUAAGAAAGUGAAGAAGGUGGCGAAGAAGGUGACGCCGGUGAAAGCCAAGAAGGCGCCGAUAAAGAAAGCCAAGGCGACCAAGACCAAGGCGAAGCCGGCGAAGAAAGCGGCCAAGCCCAAGACGAAGCCGGUGAAAAGGGCAGCAAAGACGGCGAAGAAGAAGUGAAAGGACACUGACAGAGAGACACAGUCACUGUAAAUACUGAAGGAAAUGUUUUCUUAUAUGUAUUAUUUUUGUAAGGUCCCAUGCAAACUUAUGCUCUUUUUACCAGUAGUUUUCUCUCCAUUGCACUAUAGCUUAAAGAUGCUGUAGAAACAUUUGUGACCAUUCUUAUUUGGCGUUAAUAAUAUUAUUAUUAAUAAUAAUUAUUAUUAUAAUGAUGAUGAUGAUGAUGUUACUCUGUCUGAUCCUUGGAUACUAUAGACUGAGGAUCUGGGGUUUUUUGCUGGUAAGGUAAAAAAAAGAAAUUGUAAAUACAGUUGAACUGAUGACUAGUUGUUAGUGCACGGGGUCACACUGGAAAUACACGUUUGAAUAGUGCGCAUUGUUGAGCCAUGACAAUGUACAGACUAUAGGCGGUGGAUGUCAGCGAGAUUUUUCCUAAAGGCUCCAUAGCUGCCAUUCAAGCUCCACUCUGUACAUUUCCUCAUACCCACCCCUCCACUGUGUUCAGUCACCUUUAAAGACUGUUUGUACCGCCACUCAUUAAACCCUCGUCAUCUUCUA